CACACAUAAAUAAGGCUUCUUGCAUAUGCUUACAGCAGAGAAGGAUGGCUACUGUAAUCGGUUAUCUGGAUAGUGUAUUGCCUCCCAUGAGUCUGUUUCUGAUGAUAGGUUACCAUGCAUAUCUAUGGCAAUGCUUCAAGCACAGACAGUCUCAAACUACUCUUGGCAUCGAUGCACUCAUGAGGAACUCUUGGUUUUCUCAUCUUGACAUUACACAGGCUAAUGACAAGAAGGGUAUGCUAGCAGUACAAAGUUUAAGAAACACAUUAAUGGCGACCAUACUCACAGCUACAGUUGCUAUUCUAAUAAACGGGGCAUUAGCUGCAUUGACAAAUAACUCCUACACCCAAGAUCACCUCUUCAAGAGUCCACUUUUUGGCUCACGAUCUGGUACAAUCUAUGUACUGAAGUUCGGUUCAGCAUCCAUUUGUGUGUUGCUUAGCUUCUUAUGCAGCUCCAUGGCCGUCAGAUACCUUAUCGAUGCCAGUUUCUUGAUCAAUGCUUUGGGCGAGUUCUCGUCUGUUGCAGACGCGCAACUGGUAUUAGAGCGAGGUUUUAUGCUGGCUACUGUAGGCAACAGAAUGCUUUGCGUUGCGUUUCCUAUGGUGAUAUGGUUGUUUGGUCCUAUACCGAUGGCAAUGUCAACUGUGGCACUUGUUUGGGGACUUCACGAGCUAGAUUUUGCUCCCAAGUUAGCAAUAUGUGAUGUAAAGAAACUUGAUUGUGAAUUGUGA